AUGGGGCUGUUCGGGGCAGGGGCAGCCGUGUGCAGCUCCACCAGCUUUUACCGAAGGCCCUUCAGGCUGGGUGGAAAGUACGAGUGCCUGUUUUCCAGGGGCUUGAGGCCAGCACUGCUGGAGGAAACAGGGGCCCUGAAAGGAAAGAAGUCUGCCUGGACACCCCCUCCCCCCACCGUGCCUGCAGCGGCUCUUUGCCCACACACGAUCCCCAGCCGGGCUCCUGGGAGGUCGGACGCGGGGGAGUCCGUGGCUGAGGGCCUGUGGCCAGGCACGGGCGGGCUGCGGAGGGCGCACAAAGACGCUGCCCUGGCCUUUGAUGAGUAA